UUUGCUUCAUUGAACAUGCUACGAUUAACAGAAUCUCACAUAUAGGUCUUCGCCUUCGGCGAGUUUUUAUUCUUUCAUUGAACGGGAUACGGAAGAGACGCGAGAUUAACAGAAUCGUAGGUCUUCGGCCAGUGUUUUUCCCAGAUAACUGCUCUUCUUCCCAGGUUUCAAGAUCAUUGCAGAACUCAGAUAACUCAUUGUUAGUUUCAAUUUCUUGUGUUUAUCAGCAAAACAAUCUGCUUACCAGGAACUAUGCGAACUAGAGGUCGCAACCGACUUGUAAUUGAACAAGACGACGAUGAAGAUGUGCGACCUUAUAUUGAGCAUUUGAUGGAUGCUCAAAAUCAUACUGCGGCCCAGCCUUAUAUUGAACAGUUGAUGGAUAAUAGGAACAACUCUAAAGACCGGGCACAUGAUGAUCAAUCUAAUGAGUUGAACAGUUCUGCUGGUGGCACUGAAGUUCAACAUAAUGAUGAUGAAUCAGGUAAUUCGGAGCCAAGAAAGGUUCGUGGACCUACUUUACUGAAAGAUGUUUGGAAACUUCCUCUGGGGAAGGUAGUUGAUGUGUCGUCUAAUAAUCGUAACCAAGAUGUUGGGGAAAAAGGUCGAAAGCUUGCUAGCUUUCUAGAAAUUAUUGCGAGAACUCCAGAACUAACACUUCUACAUAUAGAUGAUUGGAGAAAUUGAAGAAAUUGGUGGAUUUU